UGUUGCUAUUUAUUCUCUGACAACAACCAAGGAGCUUCAUCAAUAUCUUACCAAGAUGACGACAACCGAAAUGCGUGUGCAUAUGUGUUGCGCCGGAUGUGAGAACAAGAUCAAGAAAGCCCUCCAUAAGGUCAAAGGAGUUGAGGAAGUAGACAUAGACAUGAGCCUACAAAAGGUGACGGCAAGCGGAUGGGCUGAUCAAAAGAAAGUCCUAAAAAGCGUUAGGAAGACCGGAAGAAGGGCCGAGCUGUGGCAAUUUCCAUACAAUCCGGAGAUGCGUAACCACAAUUUCACGGGUCACCACGACCACAAUGGAAGCAACUACGGUGACCCUUCGAGCUUCUACGCGUCUCAAACAUCAGGCUCUUCCUACAACUACUACAAGCACGGCUACAACAAUCACGAUCAUACUCGGAUGCACCAUAGUGCAAGCUCCACUAUAUUUGGAGGUCGAACGGGCGAUACCUUUAGCGAUGAAAAUCCUCGUGGAUGUUCGAUAAUGUAGUAACAACA